AUGGUCAGCCGACACCGACGGUCGGUCGACGCCCGUAAAUUGGUAUGCGUAGUCCUACGCCUCCUCGCAUCCCCCCCUCCUUCCCCUCGCAUCCCCCCCUCCUUCCCCUCGCAUCCUCCCAUCAGGGCGCCGGGAGCGGCGGAGAUGCGGCGAGAGCUCUUCAAGAAGGUCAUAUCGCACAUGACCAUCGGGAUUGACGUCUCGUCCGUCUUCAGUGCGGCGUCGGACCUGGUGGUGAAGAAGAUGUGCUACCUCUACGUUGCCACCUACGCCGCCACCAAGCCCGAGCUCGCCCUCCUCACCAUCAACUUCCUGCAGCGCGACUGCCAGCCCGAGCUCGCCCUCCUCACCAUCAACUUCCUGCAGCGCGACUGCCAGGUGCAUGUGGGCUGGUUUGGGCAGGUUUGGGCAGGUGGGGGGAAGAUCGUCAUGAUGGUGAAUAUUGUCAUGUGCGAGGCGGUGUGGGGAGGCGUGGGGACGUGUGAGAAGGUGUGGGUGUGGGAAGGUGUGAAUAUUGUCAACCCUGCGCAACCUGUGCUCUCUGCGAGUGCGGGGCUGGUGGAGUACCUGGUGGGACUGCUGGAGAGACGGCUGAGAUGCUUCUUUUCCCACCAUCUCUUCAAUUCUUUCCGCCAGGAUGACGACCCCAUGAUUCGAGGCCUGGCCCUGCGCAACCUGUGCGCCCUGCGGGUGCGCGGGCUGGUGGAGUAUCUCGUGGGCCCGCUGGAGCGAGGGCUGGGGGACGUGAGUGCGUACGUGCGGGCACUGGCGGUGAUGGGCGUGCUGAAGCUGUAUCACCUGGCCCCUGGGGUGUGCCGCGAGCAUGGGUACUUCGGUAUGCUGAAGAGGAAACUCACAGACGACCCAGAUGCGCAGGUGGUGGCCAACUGUGUGAGUGCGUUACAGGAGAUACUGGCAGGGGAAUCGCUGGCAGAGGAUGGAGAUCCUGAGGCCGUGAGGGACCGUGACAUGCUGCACAGCCGCGCGCUCGUCUUCUCCCUGCUCAAUCGCAUGAAGGAGAUGAGUGAGUGGGCGCAGUGCACGAUCCUAGACCUGGCAUCGUGCUACACGCCAUCCCACCCAGACGAGGCCUUUGACCUCAUGAACCUGCUGGAGGACCACCUGCAGCUGCAUGCAAUGAAGGAGAUGAGUGAGUGGGCGCAGUGCACGGUACUCGAUCUGGCAUCGCGCUACACCCCAGCCCACCCAGACGAGGCGUUUGACCUCAUGAACCUGCUCGAGGACCGCCUGCAGCACGCCAACAGCGCUGUUGUGCUCGGCACCGCCAAGCUCUUCCUGCACCUCACACUCUCCAUGCCUGACGUGCAUCACCAGGACCGCCUGCAGCACGCCAACAGCGCCGUUGUCCUCGCCACUGCCAAGCUGUUCCUGCGCCUCACACUCUUCAAGCCAGUCGUGCGCCUCCAGGUGACACCAUGUGCAGUGACACCAGGUGACACCAUGUGCCAGGUGACACCAUGUGCAGUGACACCAGGUGACACCAUGUGCAGUGACACCAGGCAGCUACACUUACUGCUUCUCCCUGCCUCUGUCCCCCAUGUAUGCCUCCCCGUUGCGUUGCCAGGUAUACGAGCGCAUCAAAACCCCUCUGCUCACGCUAGUGGGCACAUGCAACACGGAGCAGUCCUACGCGGUCCUCUGCCACCUCUCCCUGCUCGUCUCACCCUUCCCAUCCGUCUAUACUAUCACUUUGUUUCCCUGCCGUUUCAGGUGUACGAGCGCAUCAAGACCCCGCUGCUCACGCUAGUGGGCACGUGCAGCACAGAGCAAUCAUACGCGGUCCUCUGCCACCUCUCCCUGCUCGUCUCGCGCUGCCCGGCUGUGUUCGCCGGGGACUACAAGCACCUGUACUGCAAGGUCCGCGACCCGCCCUAUGUGAAGCGCCUCAAGCUGCACAUGCUGACAGCUAUCGCGAAUGACAGCAACACAUAUGAUAUUGUGACGGAGCUGACAGAGUACGCUGCGGAUGUUGAUGUGUCCAUUGCACGAGAGGCCAUACGAGCAGUGGGGCAGAUAGCAUUGCAGAGCUACGAUGUGAACGGCAUUGUGGACCGGCUGCUGCAGUUCCUGGAGAUGGACACUGACUAUGUCACUGCGGAGACUCUGUUCCUGGAGAUGGACACGGACUAUGUCACUGCGGAGACCCUGGUACGGGUGGAGGGAUGUGGUGCUGGUGCGCGAUCUGCUACGCAAGUACCCCAGUGGGCGCAGGAUUGCCUAGCCGUGGUGGGCUCUGUGCUGGUGCGUGAUCUCCUGCGCAAGUACCCCCAGUGGGCGCAGGACUGCAUAGCCGUGGUGGGCACUGUGCUGGUGCGCGAUCUCCUGCGCAAGUACCCCCAGUGGGCGCAGGACUGCAUAGCCGUGGUGGGGUCUGUGAGCUCUCGCUCUGUCACCGACCCGCGGGCCAAGGCGGCGCUGGUGUGGAUGCUGGGCGAGUACGGGCAGCACAUGGGGGACGCUCCUUACACGCUUGAGGGUUUCGUCAACUCGUGGGAGGAGGAGACAAACGCCGAGGUGCGCCUGGAGCUGCUGACAGCCGUGGCAAAGCUGUUCUUCAAGCGUCCUCCCGAGUGCCAGAAGAUGCUGGGCGCCGUGCUCGCCCAUGGACUCGCUGAGUCACAGCAGCAUGCGCAUGACCGGGCGCUACUCUAUCACAGGCUGCUGUGGGAUGUGCAUGAACGCGCGCUGCUGUAUUACCGGUUACUGCGAGUGGGAGUGGGCGUGGCAGAGCAGGUAAUCAACUAUGAGAGGGCACCCAAUGUUACCCCUCGAUCUGCCCUUCCCCUGUCACACCGACCUCAGGACGUGCAUGACAGGGCGCUGCUGUACUAUCGGCUGCUGCGGGCGGGAGUGGGCGUGGCAGAGCAGGUGAUCAACCCAGAGAAGCAGCCGGUGUCGGUGUUUGUGGACUCGCAGGGCAGUGAGACGCGCGACCGCAUCUUCGAUGAGUUCAACUCCCUCUCCGUUGUUUACCAAAAGCCGGCAUACCUGUUUCUCGACAAGGAUCAGCGCAGUCUGCUCGACGCCGAGUACACCUCCGUGGCCUCUGCCGCCGCCGCCGCUUCUGCUGCUGCCGCGGCGGCCACUGCUCCUGCCACUGCUGCAGCUGCCCCAUCUGCCCGUGCGUCACAGGGUGAAUCUGCUGCCUCGCUCCUUGAUGCCUCUGACAGGGAGCAUGCUGACUCGCCUCUCAUCUCCACUCCUGCUGUUCCCAACGGCCAUGCUGCUGCUGGUGCUGCUGGUAGUGCUGGUGCUGGUGGUUCUGCAGCAGCAGCGGCUCCUCUGCUGCCGUUGGAUCUUCUAUCCGACGGACCCGCACAUCCUGCUGCUGCUGCUGCUGUCCCUCCUCCUGCAGCAGCAUUGGACCCCUUUGCAGAGCUAGCGAGCACACAAUCCGCCCAUUCAGACACUCCCAGCGCAGCAGCAACAGCACCAUCAGCAGCUGCCAGCACAGCACCUGCAGCAUCAGCAGCUGCCAGCACAGCACCUGCAGCCGCCCCUGCAGGAGCCACAGGAGGAGGCACCACGGGGUUCGACUCCAUAGACAGCCUGCUGGGCCUGGCAGCGCCUUCCCAAGCGACAGGUGGCGGAGCGGGAUUGGAGGACAUGCUGUCAGGGGGGCAUGCACCUGUGCGGCCGGCGCUAGUGCUGAGUGCCAAGGCGUCCCUGGAUGCAUCGUCCUUCCAGCGCACGUGGAGCCAGCUGCCUGUCGCUGCUACUCUUGAGGAGAAACUGCCUGGAACUUUCAUCACUGCACUGACAGCACCAGCCCCUCUUUUAAGGCACAUGGCCCACAGGAACAUCCAGUGCAUGGCAUCAGGCGGCCAACGCCCUGCCUUCAGAUUCUUCUUCUACGCGCAAAAGGCCGAUGCGGCGCCAGGUGGCAUGUUUCUAGUGGAGCUGCAGGUGAACACAAGUGCUGCCACAGCAAGUGGCAAGGUGAAGGGGGCGGCAGGAGCAGCUGACGAGUUUGCUGCCUUGUUUCGUGACGCCUUGCUGUCAUUUGGCCAGCUCGUUUAG